AAAUACUGAAUAUGUGCUUUUCACAUCUUUUCCCAAUCUACAGGUUAAACAACACGGUGACUCCACUGUGGAACCAGCCGUAUGAGAACCAGCUAUCCACCAAACAGACCAACACCAGGGAGUUUCUGAGGAAUUUAUCCAAGAUGCUGCAACGGAACAUUGGGGAGAUGUCUCCCUGGCUGAAGCAACAAAGGAACAGCCACAGUGGGAUGGCAUGUGAGUUGGAGCCAAUUAAGCCAUCGCCAGUAUUGGAGAGUUAUCGCAACAAGUAUGAGUUUACCAUCGGCAAGAGUGUAGAUGGCAUCGAUAACACUGUUGGUUUCCGGCUUGGCGCUUACAAAGGUCUUGACCCACAAGAUAACCAUUCCACCAGCACCUCUGACGGACCGGUGACUGGCGCUUCCAUAACGGAUCCUUAUCACUAUCUGACGCAACAGCCCUUCACCUCAGAGAUCUUCAAGAUUGAGAUCCAAAACCUCCCAAGACAUUUUGGAUUUGCGCUGCCAAGAAGAUAAGGAGGAGGCAUUGAAAGUACUCAACGGACACAAAUGGAAGGGACAAGUGCUCAAAGCCAAGCUCGCCAAGCCAGUUGAGGACCUGUACACUAAGAGCCUCGCUCUGAAGAGAAGCCAAGAGGAAUCUGAUGGAAACACCCAAGAAGCUAAGAGGAGGAAGGAGGAGGACAGCUUACCAGUAGAAGAGAGGUUAAACAACACGGUCCCUCCACUGUGGAACCAGCCAUAUGAGGACCAGCUAUCCACCAAACAGACUGACACCAGGGAAUUUCUGAGGAAUUUAUCCAAGAUGCUGCAACGGAACAUUGGGGAGAUGUCUCCCUGGCUGAAGCAA